CGGUGGGUUUGGCUAUAUCAUGGCCGUUGAGGGCGACCGCCCUUUCUUUUCAUAAUUGUUCUUCGUUAUAGUUCGCCUUUGUGUUGUGUUGCGAGUUCAUAUUUCGCUCGAUGCGCUUCCCAAGUUGGGCCUCGAGACUCGUCAUCGCUUCACUUUUCUAAGCUUUUACAUUACAUACAUACUGCGACCUUCUUCGACCUUGAUAUCAUUGUUGUUGUAUCUAUCUAUCUACUUGUUUGUUGUUCUGUCCUCGUCCCCAAUCACACGAAGAAUCUCCAAAUCUCCGCUCCAUACGACAUGCGCAAGUUAUGGCUACAGCCAGCCCAGCAUUUCUCCGCGUUUGGCGGCACGAUGGGUUGCGAUCAGUCCUCCUCUCACACAUGGACACAGAGUCCAUCUGUGCCGUACGCCUUACAGCCUCAGAGUGCUGUGAGCUUACGACUCCAACGCUUUUCACCCGAACCCGCUUGACCUUCACCCCGAGCGCGCUCAGCCGACCCUCCCGUCUCGAGGCCCUGGCUCGGAUCGGACAUCACAUCGAGCACCUCACUUUCUCCAUGCCUCAUUCUUCAGCGACGUUUUUGCCUCCUCUCAUAAACCCCGAGUCUGGACGCGAAGUCAACUUUUUAUAUACCCCUCAUACGUCAACGGCCUCAGUCAGCCAUCGCCCGAAAUAUGGGUGUUCCGAACUGGGCAAUCUCCUCACGCAGCAGUAUCCUCCUUUAUUUCAUGCAGCGACCAAUGUGCCGGCUUUCAUCAACGCCAUGUCACAGCUGCCCAAUCUUCGACACCUGACUAUCGCCUGUCCGGGCCAAGAUCCAGCUCAGAGAUAUCGUCGAGAUUGUGUCGACUAUGCGCUCAUUAGCUUGCGCAUAGCUAUAGAACGAGCACCACUCCUCCGACUCGAGAAGCUGUCGCUCUCACACCUCCACCCUUCCUCCCUCCUCUACCUCCGUCACAUGCCCGGCUUCGGCUGCACGCCCUCAGCCGGACGACGCUGGAAACAGAUCCGGAAGCUGAACAUCACCAUGGACUCUUGGGACUUUCUCGGCCAGCAGCCCGGCCUCGACCACCUCAAGAUCCUCGAUGAUUAUAUCCGAAACUUCUCUCCACACCUGGAGAAGGUGAGCUUCGGAUGGAAUGGCAGGAAAGGCCCUUGCCCAUUCACGUUAUUCAGCGACCCUCUGUUCGCUCCUCCAAGAAAGGCGGCGAAGCUGUUUGCGGAGGUCACUUCACCCAUGUCGCCAUUACCGGCGGCGCCAUCCAGACCCUCGAUGUCGUUCCCAAAAUUACGCUUCAUGCAAGUACGCAACGCAACUAUGUCCUCGGAACAAGUCUCCGAUUUCAUCUUUGAGCAUCGCCACACAGUCCGCGAGUUCGAUUUCGAGAACGUGUAUCUUAUCAACGGCGGCACGUGGGAAGAUGCCUUGUCGCCUCUCACCAGCUCAAGCGAGAGCGAGGAAUGGCUUUCGCAACAGAGCGGCUCUGAAGCCGAUAGUGCUUUGAGCUUCAGCCAUUCAGACUUGGACCAGAUCGAGGAGCUCGAUGAGAUGCUUGAAGUCAUUGACACAGCGCUCGACCCCAACGCAUCUAGUGAGGGUCUUCCACCUCAGACUGUCAGAGCUUCAAAACUAGUCAAGAAGAAGCGUGUUCGCCGCAAGCGCAGACGCAAGACGAGUCACAAGCAUCGAGAGGAAGAGGAGCAGCCCAAGAUAACUGCAUCAGGCAGCAAACUGGUCAUCUCCGCUCCGAUUCCGAUCGAUGGGCCUAUCGAGGAAGUGCUCAUGCCCACAACCUUCAACCCCAACAUCCAGGGUGUACAACGCAAUGUAUUGAUGGAAGCCGCUCAACAAGAGCUAGCUGACGAUCCCGAGAAGCGGGUGUCGACUCUGAAGAAAGCGAAAGAGGCGGUGUUGCGGCAGCUUGGUAAGGAAUUCUGUCGCAGCCAAGAGAAGAAGGAUGUCAGUCGUGGGUUCUUCAAACAUAGCUGUUCGUCUGGGUGGAAGAGCAGGCCGUUCUUGGGACACGAGAGUAGCACUGCCUUGGUGCCGCUGAUGUUUUCGAGGUACUAGCUUGCUUGCUUGCGGCUGUUGUAUAGUUGUUCUAUGGUUGUAUGAUUCGUCUUGCUCGCGAGAGCUACAUG